CCUUUCAGAGUUGAGGGAACAUGAGCCACUUGCAAAGCUUAUUGUUAGACACCCUCUUGGGAACCAAGCAUGUGGAUAGUGCAGCCCUCAUCAAAAUCCAGGAGCAGAGCCUGUUUGUGGCAUCACCAGGUUUUAAUGUAAUGCCCAGCGAUGUCCGAACACUGGUGAAUGGAUUUGCCAAGAACCCUUUGCAAGCCCGAAGAGAAGGAUUGUAUUUCAAGGAAAAGGAUUAUAAAUGUGUCCGGGCAGAUGACUAUUCUCUUUAUGCCAAAAAUGAGAACACUGGUGUGGUUGUCGUGAAGACUCAUCUGUAUCUUUUGGUGGCAACUUACACUGAGAGCAUGUAUCCUAGUGUCUGUGUGGAAGCCACAGAGAAGCUGGGAGACUACCUAAGAAAAAAAGGAAAUUAAGUCAUCAGAGGCUUGUGAAAGACACUUUUAUUAUUUUAGAAGAAAAUUGGAGAGCCUAAAGAAAAAAAUAACAUUUUAUGGUUGAAAAACACUAAAUGGAAAGUACUAAAAGAGAAGAAUGAAUUCAGAGAGCAAUUUUUAUUACUUCAAGAGAUCCUCUUCUUUCAUUGGAAUUACUUGAUCACCUGUUUUUUUUUUUAUUAGUGUUGGUCAUUGGCAUGGAACAUGAGAGCACUGAUCAUUUCAUGGAGCAUAUCUAUUGGAAGUCUCCUUUCCUUGAGGCUAUUUUACACAAGGUGUGUACUUUACAUGCCUUGCCAAGUAUGCCAAGAAUGCAAGGCUCUCACCACUCUUUAUCCAGGACAUUUCUCAGAGUUACGUUGCAGCAAGCAACCUUGAAAGAUGAAAGGAUGUCUCCCUUGAGGACAAAGAGCAAGCUUGCUUACUGUUUGCUAUAAAAGCAGUGGAGUCCCUGAGCUCAGUGUUCCCCUCCUGUAAUGCAACUCCCUGCAUGUGU